AAAUUAAAACAAUACCUUUAGUACAACUAGCUUCUAAACCGUUCUUUCGUGUCUAUAUAUAUUUAUAUUUGAAAAAUUUUCUAUCAACCUGAAAAAGAAUAUUAAAACGAAAGGAUUUUCUAUUUUGCACAUUCAAUCACAAAGACGCACUCUCCAGAGGGCUUUGACGGAGGAUCGCCACCGCGCCUCAGCAGGCCCUUUUUCCCAUUCACUUCUCCCGGGGUGCAACUUCUUCUAAUUUUACGUAUAUCCUAAAACAAAAAAUUUAACAUAAACAAAAAGGAGGAGGUUCUUAACAAAUUCAAGAAUGACGACCAACCUUGAAGAAAGUGCAGAGGCGAAGCGGAGAAUCGCCGUCAUAGGCAUAUCUACUGUCAUACUUGUCGCUAUGGUGGUGGCAGUUACCGUCGGUGUCAGUCAAGUCGACGGGGACGAAAAAAACACGAAAAACACAAACCAUGUGGCUUCGACGGUGAAAGCAGUGAAAGCCCUUUGCCAACCAACAGAUUAUAAGGAAGAGUGUGAGGAAAGCCUAACUGCCGAAGCUGGCAACACCACGGACCCAAGAGAACUUAUCAAGAUUGCAUUUAAUGUAACCAUUAACAAGAUUGGUGAUGGGCUCCAGAAAUCACAUCUCUUGCAAGAGGUUGAGAACGAACCUAGGGCCAAGAUGGCGCUUGACACGUGUAAGCAGCUCAUGAAUCUCUCUAUUAGCGAGUUUUCGAGGUCACUUGAGAGAAUAGGACAGUUUAAUCUCAACAACCUCGACGAAAUCCUCACUAGCCUAAAGGUAUGGCUCAGCGGAGCGGUGACAUAUCAAGAGACAUGUUUGGAUGGUUUUGAGAACACAACAAGCAAAGCUGGUGAAAAGAUGAAGGAAGCGUUGACCAAUGCGACGAAGAUGAGCAGCAAUGCCCUAAGCAUAAUCACGGAACUCGCAAAUACUUUCUCAGAGUUGAACGAAACGCGGCAAGACAGCUCUCAUCGUCGCCUCAAGGAUGAGUUCCCAUCGUGGGUUGACAAUGGUGCUGGUGUACGUAGACUCCUUCUAUCGAGUUCACGCAAGCUGAAGCCCAAUGUGAUUGUGGCCAAAGAUGGCAGCGCAAAGUUCACUAGCAUCAAUCAGGCUUUGAAGAAUGUUCCUCAGAAGAACAUGAAGCCAUUUGUGAUAUUCAUCAAGAAAGGUGUUUACAAAGAGUAUGUUGAGGUUACCAGGGAGAUGAGACAUGUCGUCUUUGUUGGUGAAGGUGGCGACAAGACACGAAUCACUGGCAACAAAAACUUCAUUGAUGGGACCAACACUUAUAAAACUGCUACAGUAGCAAUUCAAGGAGAUUACUUUAUCGCCAUCAACAUGGGGUUUGAGAACUCUGCAGGUGCCCAUAGCAGUAGCACCUUUUAUUAA